GAUAUAAAUAUGACGUUGUUUUUGGUGCUGCUAGCAGAAUUCUUGUAAACUCACGGAACUGACGGAUUUCCAGGCGACUCAAAGCAAGUCACGGGGACAGAAACCAUGGCAGGUAGCUGUGUUGGGGAGAGCGACGGCCUGACAUUCUGGGUGGCUGAACAAAAGGACUACGAUGACGUCAUGUCCAUUUCUGUUCAAAUCUACGGAGGGAACGACUACCUGCCUCAUCGAUAUGCCAGUUGGAUGACUGAGCCUGACAGAGUGGUUAUACUGGGACGCAGAGACGGCAAAUUGGUGGCACUGGAGUCUGGUCUAAUCGUUGACGAGGGGUGCACAGUGGUGGUGGAGGGGUUGAGGGUGUGCCCCAGCGAGAGGGGUCGCGGCGUGGCUGGGGUUAUCCAGAGAUUUGCUGACCAGUACAUCCAGCAGCUGUAUCCCAGCGUCAGGACCAAGAGACAAACCAAAGCUGACGACCCUUCAGCUGGGCCCACACAGACAUUAUCCAAGUUCACAGAGCUAGGGAGACGGGCUGCUCUCUCAUUCAUCGGGGAGGCCGACAGUUUCGAGGGUUUCAUCUCACACCUGAGGAACAAACUACAUUCCACCACAGGAAGUGAGCCAGGUGUGUCCGUCCCUCAAAUGGUUCUGAUAGAGGAUGAGCAACAACUGAAGAACAUCCUCCUUGAUCCUGAACUCCCCUCCAGGGUUCAACUUCCUGGUGGUGCCAUUAUCCAAGACUGGCAGCCCUUACAACCAAUCAAAGGAAACCUUGAGAUCUUAGCAAGGCGAAACCUCACCUGGUUGGCCGACAAGCCGGAAAGACCUGCCUUCCUCAGCUUUUACACUCCGCCUUAUCCAAUCCCGUACAAGGGAGGAUCGCUGAGAUUCAAUAUCGAUAUGUUUGGAACUGAUCUAGUUUCAGCAAAGAGGGCACUUGCCGGCCAUUUUGAGAAAGUGAGUGAGAGGAGGGAGGUGAAGGGGAGGGUGAUGGUUCAUGUGUAUCUGAAUAAGUCGCUAUGGGAGGGGUUGAGGGAGUUCUGUGAGGGAUACACAGGGGUGAGGAGGUGUAGAGAGUACUGGGAACAACUGUUUCUGGAGAGAGGGAUGUGAGGAGAUGUGGAGAGGAUGAGAAAGAGAGGGAGAGAAAGAUGGAGGGAGAGAGAUAGAUGAACAGAGGAUAGCAAAAGAGAGGACAGUGAGAAAGUGCGCACACGAGACUUAGAGAAGGGUUUUCCACAUUAUCUUGCUUAGAUUAUUUGAAUCAGCUGUGUAGUGCUAGGGACAAGACUAAACAUACCCCCCUAAACAUACCAUGUAAUCAAUAUACAUAAUAUAUCAUACAGUAUGUAACAUACUUUUUAUAUUGAUUUAAUUGAUUGAUUGGCACAAAGCCAGCACUUUAGAAGUUAAUAUGAUUUUUAAAAAACGAUUGGGAUGAUGCAAGAAUUUAUAAUGGGGCAUUACAGGAAUAAAUGUUUUCUUAUUUAAUCAUUAUACAUUUUUGUAAAGACAAGUCUACCAAAUCACUGUGAUUCAUCAUGACUAUGAAAUGCAAAUCAGUAUCAAUAAGAAUAAAUGAAUAGAAUGUCACUGAUCAUUCUCUUUCUC